UGCCCCCCCCCUCCGCUCCGCUCUCCGGGAUCCUGAAACGUGGCUGUUUGGGGGCCGCGGUGACCCACCGGCACUCUGGAGCCUGUGCAAACUCACAGGCGAGCGCCUUCUUCCUCCACCGAGCCUGGAUGGCAGGGACACCCCGGUGCGAAGCCUGCAGAAACCACAAGCAUUACUGGUUGCAAGUGCCUUUUGGACCGCGGGACGGAUGAGCGGUGGAAGCUGUAGGAAGCCCAGCUGGGCUGUCGCUGCUCUGUUGAUCCCGGUCACCGUCCUGCUGCUGCUGCUGCUGACCUCCGGGGCGGCAGCGGGCAGCCACAAGAUGACACAAACCUCAAUGGCACAUGCCACGGCCUCCGCCACAGGGCCGGGCCCCAACCUGGCAGAUUGCCUCCAGGCAAACGUCUUCUACAGCGAGCAUCUUCACGUGUGGCUCUUGUCCCUGGUGGGCUCUAUUGCUGUCGGCCUCAGUGGGAUUUUUCCCCUUCUUGUCAUUCCCAUUGAAGCUGGAGCAGCCCUCAAAACAGAAGCUGGUGGCCAGAGGCUGAAGCAGCUCCUGAGCUUUGCUAUCGGUGGCCUUCUUGGGGAUGUAUUCCUUCACCUCCUCCCUGAGGCGUGGGAGCUCUCCCGGUCCUCAGCAGGUAAACACAACCACUACAUGACCCAGGGCUUGUGGGUAAUCGGUGGCCUGUUGGCAUUCCUCCUCCUGGAGAAAAUGUUCCCAGACAAAGACAGCCACGAGGAUCUCCCGUCAGAUUCAGAUCUGAAUUCAAACUCUGCUUCUAUUUCAGCUUUCAGUGGAAAGCCAUCGGCGUCACUUAGACAUGGGCACCACGCUGAGUCAUGGAAAUCCCGUCAGCACCAGAGUCUGCAGGAAAGAUCACAGAAAAUCAAGACCUGUGGAUACCUGAACCUACUGGCCAACUGCAUUGACAACUUCACCCAUGGACUGGCGGUUGCAGGAAGUUUCCUGGUUAGCAAAAAAGUUGGGUUUCUCACCACCUUUGCUAUCCUGCUUCAUGAAAUCCCCCACGAGGUGGGAGACUUUGCCAUUCUGCUGAGGGCCGGCUUUGACCGGUGGAGCGCCGCCCGCAUGCAGCUCUCCACCGCGCUGUUCGGUGUCUUGGGAGCUUGCUUCGCUCUGUGCGCUCAGUCACCAAACGGCACAGAAAAUGCCACUGCCUGGAUCUUGCCUUUUACCUCCGGAGGCUUCCUCUACAUAGCCUUGGUGAACGUGGUGCCAGAACUUCUAGAGGAGUCCAGUUUAAGGCAGUCUCUCCUGCAGAUCCUGCUCAUUUUCUGUGGCGUGGCGGUCAUGGCUGUGCUCUCUGCCAUUGUUAAUUGAACAUGGAAAAAGCACCUCUCGCCUUAACCAAAAGGCAAAACUCACCACCAACCCCUUAUAUUUUUUUUUACCUCUCAUUCUUAGAAACUUUUUAUAAUGUUACACUACACAAAUCUUUCAGAAGAACGUCACUUUAUAAAAAAUGUGCCAAACUAAGAGAACGAUUUAAUUAAGAUGGUUUCUAUGGAUCUCUGUUACCAAAUUGUCUUACAUUGCUGACAAUCGUGUUGUUUUGCACAUACAUUUACACAGGUACACUUGAGGUAGCAGCUCAACCGAGCAGGUUUUAUUGGUCUUUACAAGAAAAGCUUUUUUUAAAAAACGUAUUCAUCCCUGAAUUGUUUAAACAUUGUAUAUAUUUUGGAUUUAGCUGCUGUAUAUUUAUUGAAAAGUAGACAAGCAACCUAUAGUUUUUAUUAGACGUGCACCACAUUCUCUAAUCAGUUUGUCACAUUAAGAUAUCAGUGCCGAGAAGUCAGCAUGGUUUGUUACCAGAGUGCAGUUUUUUCUGUUUUGUAGCUUCUUCAUACAGUCCAGUCUGCACUUUUUGAUGUCUGCUUGAAUAAAUAAUUGUAAUAAAAUUGAAAUUAGUUGAAGAAAA